GACAGUUUGUUCGGGUCCACCAUUCAGUACGCGCGUGAAAAAUCCUCCGAUUCGGUCUUUGGUCCAUUCGUUGUGCGGGCGAUUCCGUGAGUGAAAAAUUUUCCCGACUAGGAGAAAAAGUGCAAAGAAGUAGCAGCCAGAAAUCAUAAAAAAGAUUUUCCUUGGAAGAAUUCUGCCAUUUUAUGAGCGGCUCGUGUGAUUUCCGUUGGCUUUUGGUUUGGCGUGACGAAGAAUACUAGGUGUCUGUUUUUUCAGAUCGAGAGCAAAUGGUGAUUCAGACCAGUGAGUGAUUCGAAAGAGGGUUUAAGGUGUAAUUGUGUUGUUUGAUUUGAAGAGCCUUAGCUAAGUAGUACAAGAAUAUGCCAGUGAAUGGAAGCAAUCGACCACCUUGGCUGAAAGAUAGAGUUGAAACAGUCAAUAAGAACGUUCCGCCGUCGUGGGCACGGAAAAAUUCUACCUCGACACCACCGACGCUUGCCGAAUUGAAGGCGAAAAACGCACAAGAAGCCAGUAGUGAUUCCAAAACGGCAACCGUUGCAAAGAAACCAGUCACUGCCGCCGUUCCUCCGGCGGCCACAGCAGCAGCAGCUAAAGAAAAUGGAGAACCUACCAAAGUGGCCAAGCUCCAGUCCAAAGAGAUAAAGGUUCCGGUGGUGGUGGCACAGAAAAAACCCGCUCCACCACCCCUCACAAAACCGGAACCAGCCAUCAAAAACACCACUCCUCAAAUGACGGUCCUCCGGGAAUCCAAGCCCAAACCCAAAGAACCGUCUCCGGAGUCCGAAUAUGAAGAGGAAGAGGAAGAGGAGGAAGAGGAGGAGGAGGAAGAGGAAGAAGGAAGCACCGAAUACGAAACGGAAACCGAAUCCGAGGAAGAAUCACCUCCACCACCACCAGUGAAAAAACCGGAACCCAAACGGGAAAUCUCCCCUCAAAAACCGAAAACCCCAAUCCAGCUGAAAAAACUGUCCCAAAGUCCGGACAAAACCACCGACACCGACAAAUCUUCCAAGUCGGAAAAAUCCUCUUCGCCGGAACCGAAAACCUUCAUCAAACCACCACUCAAAAAAGUGAAUCGACCUCCUCCAGCUGAGUCACAAACUAAAGAACGAUCUGCUUCGCCGGAACCGGCCAAACACUUCCGGGUGCAGCUGCGGAAGGUGCCGUCGAAUUUGAAGGCCCCCCGGCUCAAGGAGAAGCUUCCCGAAGUGCAACUGAAGAAGGUCGAAAAGCCCCUGCUCGAGGACAAACCCAAGAAGGAGGAAGCCUACCCGCACAAGCCGUCGAUGCUCAAAUCGGAGAGCAGUAAAAGAAGUAAGUAA